AUGGCGACGAUAGACGGCAGACCGGCCCAAUAUGGAGUCUCUCUCAAACAGCUUAGAGAGCUCAUGGAGCACCGAGGCCGCGAGGGUGUUAAUAAAAUAAACGCUCUUGGUGGUGUCCAGGAAAUAUGCAAAAAGUUAUAUACCUCGCCGAGCGAUGGUCUCAGUGGAUCAUCGGCGGACAUGCAACACAGGCGAGACACAUUUGGUUCCAACUCAAUACCUCCAAAACCACCUAAAACAUUUCUCACGUUAGUGUGGGAAGCUCUUCAAGAUGUCACUUUGAUAAUCCUUGAAAUAGCUGCAUUGGUUUCGUUAGGUCUUAGCUUUUAUCACCCAACCCCCAAGGCAGAAGAUGAUGAUGUUAAAUUAGAUGAAGAUGAGGCUAAAUACGGUUGGAUUGAGGGUCUUGCCAUUUUAAUCUCCGUUAUAGUAGUUGUGUUAGUUACAGCAUUUAAUGAUUACUCGAAAGAAAGGCAAUUUCGGGGCUUACAAAAUAGGAUAGAGGUCGACGAGUCAAGUUUGACUGGAGAAUCGGAUCAUGUUAAAAAAGGCGAAGCCUUUGACCCGAUGGUGCUAUCAGGUACUCAUGUGAUGGAGGGCUCAGGAAAGAUGCUCGUGACAGCUGUGGGUGUUAACUCACAAGCCGGUAUUAUCUUCACGUUGCUGGGUGCUGCUGUUGAUCAACAGGAGCAGGAAAUUAAGAAAAUGAAAAAAGGAGAUGAAGCUGGAGAAAUCACGGGUAAUAGUCAUCCAGGAAGCGGUGGAAGUGUUAAACAAGACGGAGAAAAUCAUGCUGCCGCGUCAAGUGGCGGUGGAGGCGGCCAUGGUGAAGGAAAAAAAGAAAAAAGUGUUCUGCAAGCCAAGCUGACAAAACUUGCCAUUCAAAUUGGUUACGCUGGGUCAACAAUUGCCGUACUUACGGUUCUCAUUCUAAUUGUACAAUUUUGUGUUAAGAAAUUUUACAUUCAAAAAGCCCAAUGGGAGAGCUCAUACAUCAAUAAUCUUAUAAAACACUUGAUUAUUGGUGUUACCGUGCUAGUGGUUGCUGUACCGGAAGGUCUUCCACUUGCCGUUACGUUGUCUCUUGCCUACUCGGUCAAGAAAAUGAUGAAGGACAACAACUUGGUACGGCAUCUGGAUGCAUGUGAAACAAUGGGUAAUGCAACGGCGAUUUGUUCCGACAAAACAGGUACUUUGACGACGAAUCGUAUGACUGUUGUCCAGUCUUACAUAUGCGAGAAGCUCAGCAAAACAAUACCGCCGUUUUCUGACAUACCGAGUCACGUUGGAAAUCUUAUUGUCCAGUCAAUAUCUCUUAAUUCGGCUUAUACGUCCAGAAUAAUGCCCGCGGCAGAUCCUACCGAACUAGCGAUGCAGGUCGGCAACAAAACCGAAUGUGCCUUACUUGGAUUUGUACUGGCGUUGGGCCAGAAUUAUCAAACGGUACGGGAUGACCAGCCGGAGGAAACAUUUACGCGUGUAUACACAUUUAACAGUGUAAGAAAAAGUAUGUCUACUGUUGUUCCAAAAUCAGGCGGUGGUUACAGGCUCUUCACCAAGGGUGCUUCCGAGAUCAUCAUGAAGAAAUGUGCCUUUAUUUACGGUCGCGAUGGACAUUUGGAAAAAUUCACCCGUGAAAUGCAAGAUCGUUUGGUUAAAAAUGUUAUCGAACCGAUGGCGUGCGACGGAUUACGUACUAUUUCAGUGGCAUACCGAGAUUUUGUACCCGGUAAAGCUGAAAUAAAUCAAGUACACUGCGAAGGUGAACCCAACUGGGAGGACGAAGAAAAUAUUGUAAAUAAUUUAACGUGUCUGUGUAUCGUUGGUAUCGAAGAUCCCGUGAGACCAGAAGUACCAGAGGCAAUAAGAAAAUGUCAAAAAGCUGGUAUAACUGUACGAAUGGUUACUGGUGACAAUAUAAAUACCGCUCGAUCAAUAGCACUCAAAUGUGGUAUUAUUAAAGCGAGUGACGAUUUUCUUAUACUUGAGGGUAAAGAGUUCAACAGGCGAAUAAGAGACAGUAAUGGUGAAGUUCAACAGCACUUACUGGAUAAAGUUUGGCCAAAAUUAAGGGUACUGGCACGUUCGUCACCCACCGAUAAGUACACCCUGGUAAAAGGUAUUAUCGACAGUACUUGUACAGCCUCACGCGAAGUUGUUGCUGUCACCGGUGAUGGUACCAACGACGGUCCGGCGUUGAAAAAAGCCGACGUUGGUUUUGCGAUGGGUAUCGCUGGUACAGAUGUUGCUAAAGAAGCUUCCGAUAUUAUAUUAACAGAUGACAAUUUUUCCUCUAUUGUUAAAGCCGUAAUGUGGGGCAGGAAUGUUUACGAUAGUAUAGCUAAAUUUUUGCAAUUUCAACUGACAGUUAACAUUGUUGCUGUUAUUGUUGCAUUCAUUGGUGCUUGUGCUGUACAAGACUCGCCUCUCAAGGCUGUACAAAUGUUAUGGGUUAAUUUAAUUAUGGACACACUCGCGUCACUUGCAUUAGCCACAGAAUUACCUACACCGGAUCUGUUGCUUCGUAAACCUUAUGGACGUACGAAGCCACUUAUUUCCAGGACAAUGAUGAAAAAUAUCCUUGGUCAAGGGAUUUAUCAAUUGACUGUUAUUUUUACGCUCCUAUUUGCCGGUGACAAAAUGCUGGAUAUACCUACUGGAUUAGAUUCUGAAGACAAACACAGUAGUACACCUACUCAACACUUCACUAUAAUAUUUAACACAUUCGUAAUGAUGACCCUCUUCAACGAGUUCAACGCGAGAAAAAUUCACGGUCAGCGCAAUGUCUUCCAGGGAAUAUUCACCAACCCCAUCUUUUAUUCUAUUUGGAUCGGGACAAUGCUCUCCCAAGUUGUUAUCAUCCAGUAUGGUAAGAUGGCAUUCAGCACAAAAGCUCUAGAUCUAGAACAAUGGUUAUGGUGUAUAUUCUUCGGAAUUGGUACAUGGGGCCGCGGCCAGCCGGAUGAUAUCGGUGCUAUCAAUCUAGGAGACGAGAAAUUCGACCCAGACUCGGAUAAAAAGCCGCGCGCAGGACAAAUUCUAUGGAUCCGUGGUCUAACACGGCUACAGACUCAGACGAGCAAUAGAUCUCUGGUGCAGAAUGUAUCUGUGACAGGCAGAUCCCCCUCUCAGGAUUACUAUAUGCCAGCGGAACCUAUUCGGGAGACCGAGGUAUAA